AUGGACCCCAAUCACGCCGAUUCAUGUGAGUCCAUUGUCAAAUGCAAGUUUACCAGGCCGACGCUGUACAAAUAUGGCUUCGUAAAUGAAGACGCAUUGAUGCUUGCCGAUAAGCCAACCAAACGCACGUGCAAAGAUUUCUGCAAGGCCCUAAAAACUGUUCUCAGUGAUAAAGUAGAUGACGACGCGGCACUUGCAAAGUUGGUAUAUGUAACGAUUCCAGAAUUCCUAUACCAGAUCCGUUUCCCCUUCAUGACCUUAACCCUUUCCCUCUGGCUCCUCUCUCUGUUGUACCUCAUCCACAUCAUGGUCAUCCGCCUCGACCUGCUCCACAUCAAAUCGCAUCUACAUAGUCCCUCGAGUCAUCGCAUCGCCGCUCAAUCGCUACUUGCCGCCGCGCGUGUUAACAAGCUUAACAGGGUGCUUUACCUGCAACCGUAA